UUUGGAAACGUCCGGGACGAACAGGCGAGCGGAUGAGCAUCGGCCUCUUCUCCUCGCUCUCCUUUAGCCUUAGGGGUCAGUAGCUGCAGGGAAAGCCCGGGGCCUGGUGUAUGGCUAAGGACUUACGGUGUUCGGACUCCACGCCUCGUCACAACCAGAAAGCAAACUCUGUCUCUACCCCGAGCUCUGAGCCGCUGCGACCCGGCGACCUGAUGUCAGACCAACCCGGGGGAAACAGCGCCUCCAAGACCAUGCCGACUCUCCUCGCAGGGUGUGCUCAUUCCAGCAUACCAACUGAGCUGGAUCGUCCGGCCUGCGACGAGGCCAGCCUCAACUCAGAGAGCAGCGGUGGUAGUGGCAACUGUGACGCACCAACCAGCGAAUCCCUCCUUGGGGACCGCGAAUUCUCCCAGCAGAUCGGGUCGCAGCUUAAACUGCUGCCUAUGAAUGAUCAGAUCCGGGAGCUGCAGACCAUCAUCCGGGACAAGACAGCCAGUAGAGGGGACUUCAUGUUUUCUGCGGAUCGUCUGAUCAGACUGGUUGUGGAAGAGGGAUUGAAUCAGCUGCCAUAUAAAGAAUGCAUGGUGACCACUCCAACAGGGUACAAGUAUGAAGGAGUGAAAUUUGAGAAGGGAAAUUGUGGGGUCAGCAUAAUGAGAAGCGGUGAGGCAAUGGAACAAGGUUUACGAGACUGUUGUCGAUCCAUACGAAUUGGAAAGAUCCUGAUUCAGAGUGAUGAAGAGACACAAAGAGCCAAAGUGUAUUAUGCCAAGUUCCCCCCAGACAUUUACCGGAGAAAAGUCCUUCUGAUGUAUCCAAUUCUCAGCACUGGAAAUACUGUAAUUGAAGCAGUAAAGGUUCUUAUAGAACAUGGAGUUCAACCCAGUGUUAUCAUCCUACUCAGUCUGUUCUCUACUCCUCAUGGUGCCAAAUCAAUCAUUCAGGAGUUUCCAGAGAUCACAAUUUUAACUACUGAAGUUCAUCCUGUCGCACCAACACAUUUUGGACAGAAAUACUUUGGGACAGACUGAGUUGCCAAAGGAAAAUUAAUUACCUUGUGUAAUAUUACAGUUAAUGUUUUGAGUUUCUACUUGUUUACUAAUUCACUUGAGGAAUGGCAGAGAAAAUUGUGUUUUGUAAUUUUUGGAAGAGAGUAUAAUAAAAAGGAAAUAUUUGAGGUUUAUUUAAUUUAUUUGAUUAUUUCUUAACUGUUGGCACUAAAUUCAACAGGGAAGCACACACAACUCUUAGAAAAUAUUUUAAUAAUCCUCUUAUGCAAGUUGAUGAUCCCUCAGUGCAUUGAAACUGUUACCUAAUAUUUUUUUUUAAGUAGGCUCCACACCCAGCAUGGAGCCUAGUGUGGGGCUUGACCUCACGACCCAGAAAUCAAGACCUGUGCUGCGAUCAAGAGUUGGAUGCUUAACUGACUGAGGCACCCAGGUACCCCAAACUGUUUCCUGAUUUUUGAACCUUACAGUUUGGGUGUUGUUUGCUGCCACAAAUAAAACCCAAAUGCGAGUCUGGUCUUUGGCCUGCUAUAGUUUGCAUUUUGUUUAGUUUGCUUUCAUUUUUAGGGAGAGUUUGUGUAUAUGGCUGUCAUCACCUUCUUCUACUCUUUACUUCCCAGUACCAUAUGUGCUGGUAACUUGGAGAGGGCGAAGGAAGAAUGCCUCCUGAAAUUUUACAUUUCUGUUAAUAUCCUCACUCAAUUAGCAGACCCAGGGUAUAUGGUUAGCUCUUUAGUCAAGCUAUUAUGUUCUUCACGGCUCACUUCCCAUCGUGUACAUUGUUGGUAGGUGCCUUGCCAAGUAUAAUUCAGUGAAGAAGAUGGUGAGCAUUUCCAACCACAGAACUGUAACAUUAAUUUACACAGAUGGAUUGAACCAGGUCUGUCUGGAUGCUGAUGGGAUGAGUACUGUUAAUGCCAUCAAUGCCCUGGAAAGGAAUUUGUGGUGGUCUUUCUGAGGUAUGGGGGAAAGAACAGUUUCUUGCUAAGUUUCAUGGUGAAUCAGUAUAUUAAAUUGCUGCAUUUUUAAUUUGCGUAUUUCAUUCAGUUUGGAAAUGAGUUCUUUCACAUACUUGUCACCUGUAGAUGUAUGAAAGUUAAAAAUACCAUGAUAUUUUUUAAUUCCUUAAGAUUUGUAUGUGUUCUUAUUUAGGCCUCUGAAGAUAAACCGCUGUAGAAAUCAGUGUGUUCUGAAACUUGCUUGUAAAAUCCUGAUCUCAUUUUGCAUUGAUAUUAAACAUUUUUAACAGUG